AUGAAGUCCUUUCAGUUCAUGAAGCCAUUGUGUAACACCCUGAGCUCUGCUGAAACUCCGGAGUUUCAGCAGAGCUCAGGCCUGUCAGUGUCUGCUGAUCUGCUGAGUUCUGGAGAGCUUACACAGAGUGCAGACCUUGAUUGCCUCCUAGAUGCCCCUCUUUUACCCAAUCAGAAACUCGAGGCUGACAUCCGACGUAUAUUUAUCCCAAUCCGCACUGUCUGCGUGAGCAUUGUUCUGCUACUGGUGCAGGUUGCCUUCGUAACUUUGACUCUUGUCUCUGGUUAUUUUUGCUUGCUUCACGGUGAAGAUGAUAAAUGCAUGCAAUACACAAAACCCUUUGAACUGAAUACAAUUGUCAUCAUCUGUAAAGUCACACUAUGGUUGCUGCACCUGGUCUUUGAGCGAUUUCUCCAGUACCAUCACAUGAAAGCGAAGGGCCGGGGAUAUCUUGAACUAUACCGAUCCACAAACACUCUAACGAUAAUUCCACUAACGAUAAACUCUACAGGCAAUGCGGCUGUCCUCCUGAUUAUCUCUUCCAAGGAUUUCUUGAAUGACAACAACCUCUAUCUCUACCUUAUCUGGAGUGUGCUGAUCCUGGAGCUGAUCCUGACUGUGAUAUUCCUGCUAAUGUAUACAGGUGAUAUAUUCGGUCUUGCUCCGUGA